AUGGUAAUAAUGCUCCCAAAUUUUCUGUUGCAUACAACAUUUCUGAAGUAUAUGGAUUACUUAGAAUUUAUGAAUGUAUUAAUAAUCAAAAACUUUUAAGAGCCGUGAUUGACAUAGAUGUUUCGCAAGAAGAUAUGAAAACAACUGGUGUUAAGAUGCAAGAA